AUGGCACCUUCACGAACAGACACAAACGGCAAUGGAGAGUUCUUGGGCUCUUUUGUACCCGCCUCAGAAGUCAAGAUCACAGGCUUUGAAGCUCACGACUUGAGAUUUCCCACCAGUCUUGACCUCUCUGGCUCAGAUGCCAUGAAUCCCGGCCCCAACUACAGCGCCGCAUACAUCAUUCUCAAAACCAACACAGAUCUUCAGGGCCAUGGCUUCGCAUUCACAAUCGGCCGCGGAAACAACCUGUGCACAACCGCAGCCGAGAUGAUCGCCGAGCGCCUCGUCGGAAAGUCGCUCGCUGAGCUGACGGAGAACAUGGGCCAGACAUGGCGGCAUCUCGUUUCCGAUUCACAGCUCCGCUGGGUCGGCCCGGAAAAGGGCGUCAUUCACUUGGGUCUCAGCACAUGCGUCAACGCAGUUUGGGACCUCUGGGGCCGAUACCUGAACAAGCCCGUCUGGAAAAUCGUGUCCGACAUGACGCCGGAAGAGUUUGUCAACUGCAUCGACUUCCGAUACAUCGUCGAUGCCAUCACUCCAGAGGAAGCCAUCGCGUUGCUGCGCGAUCAAGAAAAGACCAAGGCCGCACGACUGGAAGAUGCGCGCGUUAGUAAGGCUGUGCCGGCAUACACGACGCAGGCCGGCUGGCUGGGUUUUUCCGACGAGAAGAUGGUGCAGCUGAUCAAAUCGAACCUCGAUCAAGGCAUGGACAAGUUCAAGUUCAAGGUCGGCGGUAAUCUCGAGGAUGAUAAGCGCCGACUGCAAAUCGCCCGUGAUACCAUUGGAUACGAUCGUCUGCUCAUGGUUGACGCCAACCAGGUAUGGAGCGUCCCUGAGGCAAUCGAUUACAUGCUCCAUCUUGUCAAAUACAAGCCACUUUUCAUCGAAGAGCCUACUUCGCCUGACGAUAUCCUCGGCCACGCUGAGAUCAGAAAGGCCCUGAAGCCACACGGCGUUGGCGUUGCUACCGGCGAGCAUUGCCAGAACCGUGUCAUGUUCAAGCAGCUGCUCCAAGCCGGGUCGAUCGACUACUGCCAAAUCGAUGCUUGCAGACUGGGUGGUGUAAACGAAGUCAUGGCCGUUUUGCUCAUGGCCAAGAAAUUUAAUGUGCCAAUUGUACCUCACAGUGGAGGUAUUGGCCUGAACGAAUACACGCAACACCUUGCUCUGAUUAAUUAUCUAUGCGUGUCGGGAGAAAAGAGUCUGCUAGAACACAUCAGCUCGUUCCGCGAGGUCCUGACGAACCCCUGCCAGACCAAGGACGGCCAUUUCGUCACCCCACACGAUCCAGGAUAUAGCGUAGAGUAUAAACCGGAGGCGAUAGAGAAGUACACAUACCCUUCAGGCAGCUUCUGGAGGAGUGAGCAGGGGUUGGCCAUUAUUAAUGAGCCAAAGAUAUAA